GUAACAAGGAGUCCGCCAUUUUUUAGUCAGCAUGCGACUUGUGCUCAAUUAAACUUUCGUUGUUAUUAAGCUUCGUGCGAAAGAUUGACACUGUUAUAUAAUGUCAUUGUCGAUGACAUGCAAAACCGAAACGCCUGAAAAGGGCUUUGAUUACUGAAAUAUUGAAGAAUGGAUGGUGGAGUAGCAACAGAAGCUCCAAGGUAUGGUGGACAGCGGAUGGGGCGAGGGUAUGGCAGGGGAGGAUUCGGUCGUGGAGGAGGCCAACAGGGGGGAGACUCUGGAGGAGCUAUGGGACAGGCCGUCAUGUUCGACGGAAAACGCAUGCGAAAGGCAGUCCAUAGAAAAACGAUAGAUUAUAACUCGGCAGUGAUCAACUAUCUACAGGAUAGGAUAUGGCAGCGAGAUCACCGGGAUAGACGAGCCCUUCAGCCAGAGUCCUUGUAUCAGAUUGAGCUUACACCUCCCCUGCAUAUGAAGGACAACCCCAUGAACUGUGUAACCACCAAAUUCAUCCGUACCUCCACAAAUAAGUUCAGAUGUCCAAUCUUUUGCUUAGCGUGGACACCAGAAGGGAGGCGUUUAGUGACCGGAGCAUCUAGUGGAGAGUUCACGCUGUGGAACGGUCUGACCUUUAACUUUGAAACUAUUCUGCAGGCCCAUGACACAUCGGUAAGAGCGAUGCAAUGGAGCCACAAUGACCAAUGGAUGGUGACGGCAGACCAUUCAGGCUUCAUCAAGUACUGGCAGACCAACAUGAAUAAUGUGAAGAUGUACCAGGGUCACAAGGAACCCGUGCGCGGGAUAAGUUUUUGUCCAACGGAUAAUAAAUUUGCGACUUGCUCAGACGAUGGAACAGUCCGAAUAUGGGAUUUUAUGAAAUGUCAUGAAGAAAAAAUUUUGAGAGGUCACGGAGCAGAUGUCAAGUGUGUGGACUGGCACCCCCAGAAGUGCCUUAUUGCCUCGGGCAGCAAGGACAACCAGCAGCCACUCAAACUAUGGGACCCCAAGUCUGGCACCAGCCUGGCCACAAUUCAUGCCCAUAAAGGCACCGUGAUGAACCUGAAGUGGAACCAGAACGGUAACUGGCUGUUGACAGCCUCCAGAGACCACCUCAUGAAACUAUUUGACAUUCGGAACAUGAAAGAGGAGUUUCAGACCUUUAAAGGACACAAAAAGGAGGCUACAGCGGUAGCCUGGCACCCGGUUCACGAAGGGCUGUUUGUGAGCGGGGGAUCUGACGGGGCUGUCAUGUUCUGGAUGGUCGGGACUGACAGAGAGGUCGGAGGGAUGGAGGAAGCCCAUGAGGGCAUGGUGUGGAGUCUGGCCUGGCAUCCUCUGGGCCACAUCCUUGUGUCCGGCUCCAACGAUCACACUACGAAGUUUUGGACGCGAAAUCGGCCUGGUGACCGAAUGAGAGAUAAAUACAACCUGAAUACUUUACCAGGAGGAUCUGAACACGAGAUGCCUGAAUUCGAGCUGGACAAUUCAGGGAUGAGCAACAUUCCAGGGAUGGGGAUAACUCCGGCUGAAAAACUGAUGAACGAUCAGAUAAGAAACAAUCAAGACAAUGAAGUUGGUGCGGAUGAACUGCCUACCAUUCCUGGCCUCGACUGGUCAGCAGACGAACAGUUCUUCAGGGAACAGCAGCUUCUUAAAGAGAUACCCAAGAAAAAAAUUCCUUAUGCUCGCCCCAUUCCCUGGGAAUUCGAGCAGGCGUGGAUGGUGAAGCACACAGGCCUCCUCGUGCCUGACGGAGAGGGAGAGGAAAUGACAGGUGGUGGAGGAAGUGGAGGGUCAGGAAGUAGGGAAAAACGCAGGGAAAGACGCAGGAUGAAACAGGCCAAUGAAAGAGCAAAUGAGAACCAACAGGGGCCGGAUGAAGGCCCACCAAACAACAGUAAUCCUCAGUCACUCAUGCAGCAAGGUCCGAUGGGUCAGCCAAACCAGAUGAUGGGUCCAGGGAACCAGAACAAUGCUCCAAACAUGAUGGGUCCUGGACAGGGCAAUAUGCAGGGUAGAGGGCUACUGGGCAACCAGCCAGCAGGAUGGGGUCAACAGGGCCCUGGAGGUCAAGGCAUGAGGCAGCAGGGACCAGGACAACAGAAUCAGAACAUGCCACAGGGAGGUGGACGAUCUCAGGGUUUGAUGGGACCCCCCAGGAUGCAAGGUCAAAAUCAAGGUGGUCAAGGAUUCCAGCAAAAGGAUCAGGAUUUACGAGGAGGACAGUGGAAUCAAGGUCAAAGUGGAAACCAGGGUAACUUUGGUAACAAAGACAUGGGUAAUAACAACCAGUUUCAAGGUGACCAAGAUUUCCGCAGUGAUCAGGACUUCAGGGGAGAUCAGGAUUUCCGCCAACAGCAACAGCGGAAUGAUAAUAACAACCAAAACUUUAAUGAUGGCCAGGCAUUUAACCGCAGAGGAAGUGGUAUUCAGCGGGGUGGUGGUAAACAACGAGGUUCCUCUGGUAACCAGUGGGAAAACCAGAGAGGUGGUAAUGACCGGAACACUAAUUUUGGUGGUGAUCAUGGUAACUUCAGUAACCAUGGUAAUGACAAUUUCAUGGACCAAGAUGAUAGAUUUGAGGGUCAAGGCGGAGGUGGUGCUAAUCAGAACCGUGGUAGGGGAAGGGGGCAAGAUGACCGGCGACAUGGUCGUAGAAGUGAAGGGGGGCACAACUUUGGGGGUUCGCAGGAGAACUUUGGUAACAAGAGACAAUGGGAGGAGGGACCGGGUGAUUUUCGACAGGGAAACCAGGUUCCUUCUGACAUGGAUGGUGACCAGUCAGGAGGAUGGGGUCAAAGAGGACGUAAUUUCUCAAGUCCAGGUCGGGGAGGUAACCGAGGUCGGGGAGGGAGAGGAGGUGACAGAGGUAGGGGUGGUGACAGAGGGAGGGGUGGUGACAGAGGAGGAAAUAGGGGAGGUAAUAGGGGUGGAGACUGGAGUGGGGGGCGGGGGUUUGGAGGAGGUGGAGGGGGCAGGUAACCACAGAUGUCUUUUUUGUGUUCAUUUGUCAAAUCAUCAGUAUUUUGGAAAUCAUUUUCAAUUUAAAGAAAAAAUGUCCCUUAGUGUAUAACUCAUAGAUAAAGCAGCAGAAUUUCAUUGUUUUAUUUUUUAAAUUUCAUUCAAUAUAUAUGUAUUUGUAAAUACAAUUGAUUUGAAAUACUUAAGUUGGUAAGAUUUGAUACUGGUAUAUAUUUCCUGCGUGCUUUAAAACAUGACAAUACAAUUAUUGUCUGGUAUCUUGAUUCUUCUUGCAGACUUAAAAUAUACAUGUAGAUUGUGAGGUAUAUAUUGUAUCACAGGAUUCAUCUUAGAAUUUUAUUUCUGGCGUAAAAUUAUCUGUCUGUACAAAAUAUAUUUGAUAAGGUUGAUUUAUUCACCAAUGAUUUUCCACAACACCUAGUUUUAUGGUAGAGUCAGAAUUUCUUCAUAGUUUGUAGAGCUUCUAUCGUCUACAUGAAACUAUUGGGUAACCUUAGAAUUUACUUUUCGCUGUAGCUUAACUUGGUUAUUCUGGAAAAUUCAGAGAACAAUAUUUCCGCAGAUGUGACAUUAGUCAGGCACCUACUCACUGUGACCCCUGACCUUACCUUGCCCUUGACCUUUCCCUUCUGUUACCAAUGAUCUUUACCUGUUGUACUUACUGACCUUUACUUGAGAGAACCUCUGCCAAUAACUAUACACAGACUUCACAAUAAUUGUGAAUGUAGGAUACUUCAUAUUUUUAUUUUUUUAAUGAAUGCUUCAAAUUAAUUAUGCUUCAUAUCAUUUUGAUAAUUCAUAGACAGAUUUGGUUGUUCAAGUUUUCUGUCCUUCAUACCUGAUAGCUACCAAUCAUUUGUAGUCCUGCCGUCCAUUUCUUAUAAUUAUCAGUCACCAUAGAUACUGCUUUGGCGACUGAGUGGCAAAAUUACUUUUAGUUUUAGUGGUUUAUGGGUUAAUAUGAAAAAAAAACAAUCAUUGUCAUUGGUUUCAUAUCCCCCCCCCCCUGCAAUUCCCAAUAUAGGCAUCAUCAGAAGAACAGAAGAAUUGUAUUCAAAAGGCUAUGAACUUCUGCCUAGCAUGAUACAUGUACUAGACUGUUGUAAGGGGUAUUUCAAAUUUUGCAAAUAUGAGGGAAAACUUAAGAUCGCUAUCUUAUAAUAUGUAGUAAGAUAAUGUACAUAGCAAACAUCAUUGUUUUUGCAAUUCUUGCAUUGCAUUCAUACCAUCAUGAACACUGAAAAAUGCAAUUUAACACUAUUAUCAGUAUUCUACUAUUUGGGAAUGAUUGAACCUAAUUAAUUUCUGUAUCCUCAACCAUGUCAGGUUGGAUAGAGGGAAAGCCAAGUCAGUGGUAUGUUGAUGAACCAGACACCACUGUAGCUGUGGGAACUGAAGCUUAUUAUCUGAUCAAUUUAUUAUUUUGACAUUUAAUGGCAUCAGCCAAAAAACUCAUUCACCCCAGAAGACACAUUUGAACCUUACCAAAUCAAAGCCUGGGCAAGUUCAGUUUAGAGGUAUCCAGCCUAUCAUAAACUUUUAAUUCAGCAACCUGGAAUGAGGUCUUUAAUUUCCACUUACCGUGGUAUCUACCACAUAUAUGUGUUAGUAUUACACGUUCACUCACUUACAUGUAUAUUUCAAGCAUGUUUGUUUGUGCGACUUUCUUGUUCUACGAACAGCUAUGGUCAUUUAAAGUGGUACUAGGUUUUGUUGGUGGAGUACCCAGAGAAAAAACAUGCCCUGUGGCUAGUACCUGGCGACUGCAGUGGUGGAGGGCAGGGCUAGUGAUCGUAAUCAGUCAGGCACCGUAAACAAAUUGACAACUACGGCCCCUUUCAGAACAGCUACUGUGACUUCGAUUCAUCGAGAUACUCUGUCAUGUUCAAUUUAUUAAUCAAAGUGACAAAGACUAUUCUACAUUUAAUUUUGAAGGAGCACACCCAUGCUGCAGUACAGAUCUAAUAUUACAUUUACAUAAAACGAUUUGUUAUAUGUCAUAAUAUGUGGUGAAACAUCAAAGAUAAAGAGUUCUAUUUAACGACUUAAUCCCUAGUCAAUGAAUCACAAGUUUGUAAUAGGCUGGAUCAAAUAUACAGAGUAUAAAUCAAAGAGACCUAAAAUGCCUGCUGUUACAACUGGGAAACAAUGUAUAUUUUACAAAAAUAUUUACUCAAAAAACAAACAUGGGCAUUGAAUAGAGCUUUGUUGUAGUCAGUAUGUCAUUAGACUAGUGUAAUGGAAGGAAAAAGGAAUUACAAUGGAAUAACAAAAACGUUGUAUUCUUUUUUAUUAUUUACAAUAUUUCAUCUGAAAGUUGGAAUUCAUAUCGUAAAGGUAGAUCAAUCCUUAAUGUUAUUUUCGUUAUGGGUGUGUUGUUAUUUAUUUCAAGACUUUAAGGUUGCAUCUGAUUUUUUUCAUUCAUUCAUUUUUUAAACAUUUAACAUUUUUUUUCAAAGAUGUGAUUAAAUGUAGGCAGUGAAAGAGAUUUUCUGAAAAACAGCCAAGUUAUCCCCCAUUGCAGCAAUACAGGAAAAAAGCGUUAUCCCUGUUGCUGCCUACCCCAGUGAUCUUGUUUUCUUUCAGUACACUAUAUCUAACAAUCAUUCUGUAUAUUAAGUUGUAAGGCUUAAAGUAAAUAAAGAAUUUUAACUUGUAUAUAAUUGGAUAUUGGUUGUCCUGAACUUAAAAGGUACCAAGGGGCCUGUUCGUUUAUGUGGAACAACUGGUUUGUCUGUUUUUAAAUGUAACAUUUUUGGCUAUAAAUCCUGGCGGACAUGCAAACGUUCAUGCAGGCCUUGUAAGGCUUUGUCAAGACUGGCCCGAAAGCAGCAUCAGAUUACUAGGUCCGACCUUAUUUCAUAGACGAACAACUCAAUAAAUUAAAGCUGUCAGGAAUUUUGUUUAUUUUUUCUGCAGUCAUUUUCUGUCCCACUCUCAGGUGAACAUUGUUGUACCUUAAUAACAAAGAUCAAUGAGAGUGAUUUUAAUUUACCUGGUAGAUUAACUGAUAUCUAGUCGUCUUGCAAACAUUUCACACUAUUUUCAUCAUCAUGUCGACUUUUUCAGUUUUUUCAUGCCUCAUGUAUUUGCCAUUAUUACUAACAUGAUUUCAUUGUACAGAAUAUAAUGCAAUAUUCAUUUUUGUAUGAUAAGAGAUUGUAUAGAUAUUUUUUUGUUGUAUAAUAUAAGCAUUGCAUCAUCAGUGCUAAGACCUAUCCAAGGUAUUUCCUUGUGAAUAUCUCAUUUUUAUAACAAAAAUAUUUUCACUAGGAUUAAAUUUGUCCUAGUUUCAAUGGCUCUGUAAAUGGAUUUUAAAAUUAAACAUUUGUAAAAAUAAUAUACAAUGUACAUACGUACAUGUAAGUGUAAAGUUAUGGUGUGUGAAAGUGACUGUCCUUUGUCAGGUGAUCUGUCAUCUGAUGGGGAUUUAUUUGGAAUGUCUGGUUUGUUUAUUUAACUCAUUCACCCAUGAAGACACAUUUGAACUCUUCCAAUGCAGAGGUUGGAAUAGUUCAUUAUGAAAGUUCAGGGGUGAAUGAGUUCCUAUAAUUGUAACAUUUUCAGGGAUACCACUUAAUAGACCUGUAAAUGUUAAUGCAUGCCGUAAAUUAUUGUGUUAAAAAUCUUUGUCAAGGCAUACCAGAAAACAACAUCAGACUGCUAGGUAUGUCUCAUUAUUGAUCAAUGAAGAAGUCAGACAGAACUGGUAUAUCCUUUUGUAAUGGAUAAAGAAAGCAAGCCUGGCCUUAAGAUCAUGAAAGUCUUGGAAUAAUGUACAUAUUUGAUUUGUCAAUAUUACAUCAAGUAAAAUCCAACAUGAUAUUGUUCACUAUAAAAGGAAACAUUAUUUUAAGUCAAAAUUCUUUCAUGAUCUUUGGAAGUAAGUUGGUCUGGGACAAACUUGUUUCUUACCAUGUAUCAAGUGUACUGUUAUUGUAAAUAUCACCUGUGGCAGCAUUGUGCUGUUGCUCCAUGUGUAUGACCUAAUAUUUUGUCAUGUAUGCAUAAGAAAAUGAUUUUGUUAAAAUAUGUUUGUCAUGUAUGUAUUUCAAUUAAAACUCUGCAGUAAAUAUGGCAAAGACUUUGCAUCAAAUUGCUCAUCUGGAGGAGAAGGAGGAGGAAGGGAUAGAUGGACCAGGAUUAAUAGAAUCUUCCCCUACCAUGAGGGUGUGACAGAGAAAUCUAUUACCCCAGGGAUGAUAUUCUUGAUGUCUUACCAGAGGCUUUGACGAGGGUAGGACAUUCAAUAGUAUCAUCCUAAGGGUUGGAGAUUUCUCUGUCACACCCUCAAGGUAGGAGAUGAUUGUUUUUCUACCAUCCUGUUAUAAUCACAAAUCCGUCGACAAGCGUUGAUUGCAUGAAAUAUAAGCGUUGAUUGCAUGUUUUUAGCUCACCUGCCCGAAGGGCAAGUGAGCUUAUGUUAUGGUGUGGCGUCC